UUUGCAGCUAAUUUUACGGUGGCAGCCCAGUCUGGAGCCCGCGACCGAGACGCCCAGCCGCAACCCACGACGGCCCGCCUCCUCUGCCUGCCUAGCUUCGCCUCGCCGUACGCGCCCAUGGACCCUGCGAGUACCGAGCCGCGCCAGAUCACGCUCUUCCGCAAGAGCCUGCGCACGCUCUCGCUCUCGGCUUGCGGCUGCCUUGUGCUGCUCUCGAUUGUUGGCUUCAACAAGCUCGCCAAGACAUCGGUCAUGAGCAUGGACCAAGUCGAGGCCACGACAAGCGACGGCUGCCUCCUCUUUCUCGGCGUGACCUUUGGCACGCUCCUCUUCCUCGGCGAAUUUCGCUGGGAGCGCUUCUUCUUCCUCUUUGGCUUUCUGCGCUACCGCCUCGGGCGCACCGUGCUCUACGUCGUGUCGGGUAUCAUGACGAUCCUCGUCGGGCGUACGCGCAGCGGCUGCACGGGUUGCACCGAGUAUACACUCUUGCUCGCCGAAGGCAUUGCGCUGCUCGUGACAGGCGUGCUCCAGCUGCUUGCGAUUCCGGUGCUGGGCGCCAACAACACGGCGCCCGUCGAGGACAAGGCCGCGAGCAAGUCGCAACUCGUGGCGCAACCGACAGACAAGGCGAUCGAUAUUGCGACCGUGCGUCUUGGUUCGACGCGGGCGGCGGCGCCUGUCGAGACGCGGUCGCCGUUCGAGGCCCCUGCUGCAGCGACGACCAAGUCGACGUCGCCAACCAACCCCAACUUGCCAGCUUGGAUGCAGGCGUGAAGCGAGUGCAUGUAUAACAAUCUCAAAUCAGAAACAAGUCCAAGAAGCGAA